AUGACGUCCGCCGAGGACCUCUUCGGCCUCAUCGAGAUCCAAGCCGAUCGACAGCACCGUAUAAGCCGACUCGUCGAGAAUGCCCGUAAAUCGGGACAGCUGAAAACACUGCCCGGUGUGCUCGCGCGGCUCAAGGUGCUCCAAUCAUAUUGGGAGCAAUUCGUAGAGGAUCAUCGCCCUCUGCGCGCAUCCCGAUACAAGGUGAUCCGUGAAUCCGAAUACAUUCGGCGCGACCUUUUUGGAGACACCGAGGAGCUCUACAUCGCGCAGGAAAUCGAGCUGCGCACCAUUCAGGACGCUCUUUCGGCUCCUGGGCAGGGAGGCACCCGCGAGACGGUGCACGCGGUACCGGCUCAGGCGACGGUUUCCGAGGUUCAAUUACCUCGAGUUCCGAUCCCCACGUUCGACGGAGCCUUCGACGAGUGGCGUACAUUUCGAGAUCUCUUCUUGUCGCUAAUAGGGGACAACAAGUCGCUUGCUGACGUGCAUAAGAUGCACUAUUUGAAGCAGCACGUACGAGGGGAGCCGGAGAGACUCCUCCGCCAUCAUCCGGUUACCAGCACCGGUUAUCAGGACGCCUGGGCUGCGUUGUGCGAGCGAACGUGCGAGAUCCGCUCCUCGCUCAGUCAGCUCGGCAGGCCAACAGAGCAAUGGGACGACAUUUUCGUGUACCGCACGGUUGCUGCGUUGGACAGCGCAAUCCGGCGGGAUUGGGAGCGGUCCACGAACAAAAUCCGCCAGCCGGUGCGGUGGAGCACCCUGGCGGACUUCUUGAGAUCGAAGAUCCCCUCGGGACGCAAGGGUCGCUGUGCCCUAUGCACCAAGCCGCACCCCUUAUGGGAUUGCUCGGCAUUCAAGGCCCUCGCCCCAGCGGAGCGACGCCGCCGAGUGAGUGAGUGGGGUCACUGCCAGAACUGCUUCUCCGAUCAGCAUCGGAGCAGUCAGUGCGCGUCCACCCGACGUUGCCGGGACUGUGCGCUAGCUCACCACUCACUGCUGCAUGAAGCCGAGCCCGCGUCCCCCGCUCUUAGAAAGGAGAACGCCGUGCUCUCUUUGCACGCCGUCGUCAGGCCGCCCGCCGGGCGAGCUCUGCUGGCUACGGCGCAGGUUCAAUUAAGAUCUGAAGGCGGGCGGAUGAUCACCGUCCGAGCGCUGAUCGACCCGGGUUCGGAGGUAAAUCUUAUCUCCGAGUCAGCAGCGCAGCAGCUGCGAGUGCGACGCCAAGCAACUCGAAUCCGCCUGACCGGGGCGACUGGCAGUCAGGGACAGGUGGUGCGGGCAGUCACCUCAUGUAGCAUCCGGUCCACCUCGAAGACACCGUACCAGCAACCUAUCGAGGCAUUGAUCCUGCCGAGGCUCACCGGUUAUAGGCCGACCGUGACUGAGAUCCCCCAGGAAUGGCAUCAUCUCGCUGGGCUACCGUUAGCGGAUGACUACCACAACGCAGCUCCCGUGAUGGCGGUUCUCGAGGUUUACACCGCUAUAGUCUUGCCGCAGAUCCGGCGGGGCCUGCCACAGGCACCCAUCGCACAGGCUACGCGUCUCGGCUGGCUACUCAUGGGAUCCACAACACAGGCGCGAGCAACUCGCCAUGCCAACUGCAACACGCUACAGUCAGAGUUCGACCCGCUCCUCGAUCAGCUGCGGCGGUUUUGGUCGUUGGAGGAGGUGCCCGAGGCCAACACCCUCACGCCGGAGGAAGAGGAGUGUGAGCAACAUUUCAGGGCGACGCACGGACGACUGGAGGACGGACGGUACCAGGUGCGAGUUCCGUUCCAGCGAGGCGCCGCCCUCGGGGAUUCGAAACCGGCCGCUCGCGCCUCAUUGGCGCGCCUGGAGCGGCGGUUCCAGAGCCAGCCGGAACUCCGCGAGGCGUAUGUCGCGUUUAUGGGCGAUUACGAGCGACUCAGACACAUGAGUCGUGUCACUGAGACCAGUCAUGACGGGGGCCCUGUGUUCUUCCUGCCACAUCAUCCGGUGAUAAAGGGAUCAGGGGCGACGCUCAAGGUACGUGUGGUGUUCAACGCGUCCCAGACCUGUGCCUCGGGCGCUUCGCUGAACUCGAUGGUCCGUGUGGGUCCCCGGUUGCAACUCGAUCUUGGGGCCAUACUAUUGCGAUGGCGCUUGGCUCCCGUCGUGUUUAUCGCUGACAUUGAGCAGAUGUAUCGGCAGAUACAGGUACACUCAGAGGACCAACCGCUCCAACGGAUCCUGUGGCGGUUCGGGCCCACGGAGCCAGUCCACGUCUAUCAGCUACACACCGUCACUUACGGCACGGCCUGCGCGCCUUUCCUGGCAUUGCGCGUUCUAAAGCAGCUGGCAAUAGAUGAAGGCCACCGCUUCCCGCGAGCUGCAAAGCUAUUGAGACAGUGCACUUAUGUGGACGACGUGUUGGCGGAUGCCGACACAGUACAAGAGGCACUCGCCCUACAGCAGGAGAUAGGCGAUCUCCUCAGGGCGGGCGGCUUCUCGCUUAAGAACACCUCGGUAUUGGGAGUCCGUUGGGUGCCAGGGGAGGAUGCGUUCGCCUAUGGCGACGCCCUGAGCUUGCCCUCGACGGCGACCAAGCGCGCCAUACUAUCCGCCAUCGCGAGAAUCUUCGAUCCUCUCGGAUGGAUAAGUCCGGUCGUAAUUGCAGGUAAGAUCCUGCUGCAGGAACUCUGGCUGGCGGGCGUAGGUUGGGAUGCGACUCUGCCCCAGACGCUGGCGACCCAAUGGCAGCAUUAUCGACGCGAUCUCAACGACGUGAGCGACAUUCGGCUGCACCGUUGGCUGGGGUUUACGGGGCCCGAAGCGGUCGCGGAAGUUCACGGGUUCUGCGACGCCUCCGAACGCGCCUACGCAGCCGCCAUUUACAUGGUGGUUCGGGUCCGAGAACGCCAACCGGUGUCGCGCUUGCUGACGGCCAAGAGCAAGGUGUCUCCGGUGAAGCGGGUAUCGCUACCGAGACUGGAACUCUGCGGAGCACACCUGCUGGCGCGACUCCUGCGCUGGGUGCGAGAGACGCUCUCACCCGUCUCCACGGUCACGCAUUGCUGGACCGACUCGAUGGUCGCGUUGACCUGGAUUAGGCAGCACCCAUCCAGAUGGGAUACGUUUGUGGAGAACCGAUGCCGGCCAACCCGAGGACCGAACCCCUGUCGCAAGACGGAGGGGGUGACCGCGGUCUCCUUGUAUCCCAGGGCGCUGCGCGUGAUGGCAUACGUGUUGCGCGUCUGCCGCCGAUCGCCGGGCCCGACCGAAGUAAUCACUACCGCCGAAUACCGGAACGCCGAGGCCAAACUCAUCGCCUUCACGCAGCGGGCCUUCUUUCAGGCAGAACUGGACCGUCUGCGCGCCGGACGACCUCUGCCGUUCACAAGUCGCCUGUGUCAGCUCCGUCCGGUUUUGGACGUUGACGGAUUGCUGCACGUGGACGGGCGACUGAGAUUUGCGGACUUGGGUCACGAUGCGCGAAAUCCGUUGAUCCUCCCCCGAGACGCUCGUCUGACGGAACUCAUGAUCCGCGAGGCCCAUGAGCGGACCCUACACGGGGGGGUACAGCUCACACACACCCGGCUUCGGCAGCGUUACUGGAUCCCCACCGGCCGGGCUCUAGUGAGGCGGGUGUUACACCGCUGCGUGGUAUGCGCCCGGCAUCGCGCGCGGCCCAUGGCUCCGCUGAUGGCCCCGUUGCCGCGGGAGCGAGUGAUGCCGGCGCCACCUUUCCAAGUCGCCGGCGUGAAUUACGCGGGACCGGUCACCCUGACCGCAGUGCGCGGACGAGGACGCUCUUCGUUUAAAGAAUACAUCGCCGUGUUUGUAUGUUUCACCACUCGCGCGAUCCAUUUGGAGCUCGUGUGUGACUACUCGUCCGAGGCGAUUCUAGCCGCGUUCCAGCGGUUUUCGGCGCGUCGCGGAGUGCCGGCGGUGCUAUACAGCGACCAGGGCACAACGUUUUUCGGGGCUGACCGAGCGCUGCGCGCCCAGCUCCGAACCGCAUUGGAUGUGGGAGGUCCAGUGGCUCGGGCUCUUGCUGCGGACGGUACGGAGUGGCGAUUCGUACCCCCUUCGGCGCCUCACUUUGGCGGACUGUGGGAGGCCGGGGCGCGGUCGGUGAAACACCACCUGCGGCGCGUACUGGGGCAGAGGCUGCUCAGCGUGGAGGAGUUCUCCACCUGGCUGACACGUGUGGAGGCGUGUCUAAAUUCCCGGCCCCUGAGUCCGCUAACUCAGGAUCCGGGGGACCUGGACGUACUUACGCCGGGCCACUUCCUCAUAGGAAGACCGAUUAACGCUGUCCCAGAGCCGAGUCUGGCCACCGUGCCUGAACAUCGCCUCGGGCGGUGGCAACUCAUCCAGCGACUCACCAAGCACCUCUGGGACCGCUGGUCGCGCGAAUACCUCGCUCAAUUACAGGCGCGCCAGAAGUGGACAGGAGGAGGAUUCACCCCAGUUCUGUUUGAACAAGCGUGCCAAGAUCUUUUUGAUCAAUUGAAUGAAGAAGAUCAGGAUGAAAUUGUCAAAUCAGUUUACGCUAAUUGUUUGAAAUUCUACGACAUCGCUGCUAAAGAAAUUUGUCAGAGACUAUUUGUCAAAGAAGAAUUUCUUAGCAAAUUGCGGAUUUUUGAUCCGAAAUUUGCUCUGCAAGAAAAUAAUAAAGAGAACAAACUAAACACCAUUGUUCAGGAUGUUGUAGUUGUUGCCAAACAAUUCGGCGGAUUUGAUGAGGAGAUGUUGCGAAAAGAAUGGCAAUCCUUACAUCUGGAUUUCGCAUCAGAGCAAAAAGACUUCAUACUGACAUUAGAUUUCGACGAUGCAUGGAAAAUAAUAAUGACAACUAAAGACGCGAAUGUUCUCGAAUGCCAUCCCACGCGACACAGCGCUCACACUUUGAUACAGAACAUAUCCUACACCUCACAAUUUCUCCAGAACAGCAUAUACGGCCUCUAA